AGCAGCGUUCAGCCAGUCUCCGCACGGACAACGCACGGUAGACAUUCGCGUCGCGCGCGCCAUAUAUAUUUCCCGCCGCAAAUUUGAAAACGUUCGUUCUAAAUUCAAAACAUUAAGUUCCUUUCCAGCCAUUACUAGUCUUUAAAAAUUAAAAUAUGCCUAAAAAGAAAUAAAUUUAACUUUUUAACAUUCAAAUGUUCGUUUCGUUCUGAAAUUAAGCGGAACAUGUGCUAAAUUAUUAUUGUGAAAUUGAACUAACGCCGCGAACCGCAUGCAUAAAGUGCCACAUUCGCGUUCAAAAAUUCUGUGAUAAUAUUUGCUGUGAAACUUUAAUUUACUAGACCUUUGUGUUUUAAACUGUUUCGUGAAAUAUUAUUUCGCGAAACGUUAACUAAAAAUUCUUUAUGAUAGGUCCAUAUAUGAAGUGUCAACAUUUUUACCCCAAACAUUAUGAUUUACAAAUGGAUAUUAUGAUAAGAGUGAAGUGUUGUCAAGAAACUAAAAAUCCAAAGUGACGAAGUGCCCUGUAGGUGUCUGUAGUGCUACGUUCCGUUGCUUACCCUUUUGCCUUUCGUGAACCAAGAUGUCAGACAAGACCUCGUCGUCGGUCGGUCCGAGGAGUUUCGAGACGAUAUCGGAGGAGGAUCUCGCGUCGCCUUGGGAAAAACUGUUGGAUGAAGUUAAAACUGCUGUGCCCACUAUAAUAAAGACUAACGCGUCGAGUACUACGAUCUCGAGAAGCGGGGAGGAAGUGUCUCCGCAUCCGCGAGUCGUGGACUUGGAAGCUAACAAGUUGACGCGCUCCAAGAGCCUCAACCAGCGUCGAAACAGCAGCAACGGCCUCCUCAGUUCCAUUCCACGGCAACUGCGACUCUCCCUUCGAGGCGUUCGGAGCGAACCUUCUAGUGUUAAGGAUGUGCCAACGACCAGGAAUGAUAGUUCCCUCAACCUUCUCCUUAGAUACCGUCAAGCCCGUUACGCAGCGCGACGCGUUCGAAAGCGCGUCAUCUUCAAGCACGGAGACUGCAAUGUCGUCCAAUGGAACGUGGCCAAGCGCAGGCGCCGAUACCUUCAGGACAUCUUCACCACGCUCGUGGAUGCGCAGUGGCGCUGGACGCUGCUUGUGUUCGCGCUCUCCUUUAUUCUCUCCUGGCUCCUCUUUGCCCUCAUCUGGUGGCUCAUUAUCUUCACUCACGGAGACCUCACCCCUCCCGGUCCUAAUGAAAACACAACAUUCACCCCCUGUCUCAAUAACGUCAACUCCUUCACCGGCUGUUUCCUAUUCUCCGUGGAGACCCAACACACAAUUGGUUAUGGAUCAAGAACAACUAAUGAAGAAUGUCCCGAGGCUAUAUUUGUUAUGUGCAUACAAAGUAUUGUCGGAGUAUUUAUUCAGGCUUUCAUGGUGGGAAUUGUUUUCGCAAAGCUUUCUAGACCAAAAAAACGAGCUCAAACCCUGUUAUACUCGAGGAACGCCGUCAUUUGCUUACGAGACGGACAACUGUGCCUGAUGUUCCGUGUGGGUGACAUGAGGAAAUCACAUAUUGUCGAAGCCCAUAUAAGAGCACAGAUUAUCCGCCGCAAGAUUACGAGAGAGGGUGAGGUUCUGCCGUUCUACCAACAAGAGUUAAAAGUAGGCGCUGACGGUGAGGAAGACAGGCUGAUGUUUAUUUGGCCCAUGACCAUUGUGCACAAGAUCAAUGAGAAGUCACCACUUUACAACCUUUCGGCUUCCGACAUGCUUCGGGAGAGAUUUGAAAUCGUUGUUAUGUUGGAGGGUGUGAUCGAGUCGACCGGUAUGACGACACAGGCUCGCAGCAGUUUCCUGCCUUCAGAGAUCCUCUGGGGACACCGCUUUGAGACCAUGGUGUCCUUUAGGAAGGACACUGGUGAAUAUGAGGUGGACUAUACAAGGUUCAACAACACUUACGAAGUGGACACUCCGCUGUGUUCGGCCAAACAACUAGACGAACUGCGAGCCACCGUAUCAACCUCUCAAAAACUUGACCGCAUGCUCGGCACCAUUCCGAAAACAUUCUCUAAUGAGACACUCGACCUGAGCUCUGUGGACUCCAUGUCCCUUGACGAGCACAUCGAGAUCAAGAUUCCCGAGGCGAGGGCCAGAGAGAACCGACUCAUGGCGCAGAACAACUUCAUUCAACACAUCAAUGAAAAGUCAAGAAACCAGAGCCACACGCACCUAGCAGUAGAGAACGGGCAAGAUCUACACAAGAACCACGUAGAUAUCAGGAACGAGGUCAACGGGAAUAUGCAUAGAAGCCAUAGUCAUGCUAGUAUGAAGAAGGUGCAUGGCCUGACCCCUAAUGGCAUCGGCCAUGCGGGUAACGGCCAUGAACAUAAAUUAGAACAUAACAAAAUGAAAAAGUCCCCUAGCGAGAAUUACAUAGAGAAGAAUCCAGUGAUCCCCAUCCUUGUGACGUCAGCCGACUCGGAGCCCGCCUGACGGCCACUCCGCGAUCUCAACCCGACCGCUAGUCGCCUGACUGUCGGUCACCUCACCAUUGGUCAUCACCAUCUGACCGUCGACUACCAUCUCACUGACCACAAACAAGUGAAGCCGCAAGUCAGGUUCAACUGUAGCGAUCUAGAGAAUGUUCAAAUAGAGUAGUGUAUGAAAUUCUAUAUAUUUCCCAUAGAGUGAUUGUUUAAUACAACUGAACAAACCAAUCCGAAUGUUAAACACGAACUUGUGUAUAUUGUCUUCAUACACGAUAGAUGCAAUUUAUUGUGACUAGUAAAUUUUUGGGACGAAUACCGUUCUCCAUGAUUUUAUACAUAUAACCGUUUUACGAAUUUAUUGUUAUGUUGUAUAAAACAAGCACAUUUGAACUCCUCUGUUACGCUCAACAUCUUUGUAUGUACCAGAUAGGGUUGUAUUUAGACCAAGUAUUUAUUUAGUUAAUGUUAGUCAGUCUAGAUGGCGGGGACUCCACUACCGACUUGCGUCGAAGCUUUAAUAUCUCUCGUCUCCGCAUGUUUAGACGAUUUCAAUUUCGUCAACAGUCAAACUACCGGCGAAAUUUAGUAAAUAUCCAUAAAUUUGUAUCCUCCUGAGCCCAAAAAUUAAUGAGACCAAUUUAAGUAAGAUAUCUAAAUGCGCUUAAUUGGAUUUGAUCCAAAAUUAAUUUUAUUCUAGAUCAAAAUGUUUUGAGGAGUUAUGUACAAGCUUAGUGCCUGCUUUAUUUUAAUAUAAAAUGUACAAAUUUAUUCAUACAUAUAUAAUGUUAUGUGAUAUGUAUGUUCAAAGUACUUAAUGUAAGCGCGGACUUAAAUUAUUGUCGGCUUUACAAAAAGCACAUAUGUAUGUGUAGAGCUAAGUUUUAAUAUUUAUAUAGUAAAUAUAAAUAAGUGUUAGUGUUACUAAUGCUUGCGAAAUAGUCUGAUAAUAUUAUAUCAUGUGACAAAUUUUAUAUAACGAACUAUUCAAUUGUUCGACGCAUAGUAAUAUGUAAUGUAUACAUUUAUCAUUCCUUUGCCUCUGCCAUCCAUUCUCAAUCUUUGUCCUAUUGAAUAGAAAUAUGUAUAGAAAUGACAAUUAAUAAAUAAAUAUUUUGUAUCGGCUUUAUUGUUUUUAUUUAUUUUGAUAAAGUUUGAGAUAUGGUGGGCUUUAGCAAAGAUCAAAUAGGGGCUGUAGCGAAAAUACCUUUCGACAAUCGUUAAAGUUAACAUUUUGUAUGAGAAUUACUCAUACGUAUUCUGUUUUCGAUGAUGAUUGUAGAAAGCUAUGGUGGCUAUGGUCCCUAGGGUCAGAAGCGGCGCGGGCGCUGCCUCCGAAAUCAACUUCCUCAAAUUGUACCAACUGAACUGACAAUCUAUACCAGAAAAAAGUAAAUAUAAUUCAUAAAAACUA